UCUUAACCCUUUGCUGCCUGCAGGUAUGCAGGAAACUGGAGAACGCAACACAGGAGCUGGUUGAAGCCUUGGGACGUGGAAAUGAGCUGACUGCAGCCAAGAUUCACCUGCAGACAGAGCUGGAGGCUGCGAGGCAGAAGGGGACCGCAGCCGAGAGCCAGCGCGAUCGGCUGCAGGAGGAGAAGGAGAUCCUCUCCCGUCAGCUGUCAGAGAAGCAGGACAUGAUCCUGAAGCUGGAAGAGGAAGCAGCGCGGCUGUCCGUGGAGAAGGCGAGGGCAGAGCAGGAGCGCGACGAAGCCCAGCGGGAAGCUUGCGAGACGGCCGAGUGCCGGGAGUUUAUAGAUCUGGAAAACCAAAUUGCCCGCCGCCAGCUCUCGGAGACGGAGUUGGAGCUGAAGGCCACCCUCGUGACUCUGUGGGAGCGCAGCGCCCAGCUGGAGGACCUCAAGGGUGCCCACAGCAUCCUUCAGCAGGAGCGAGAGGCUGUCGGCGAGGAGCUGGCGAGCGCAAAGGCGGAAAUGGAGAGCACCCGAUCCAGCAUGGAGGCCUGCGCCUGCUCCUUGCAGGAGAUGGACGGCGCUCAGACGCAGCUCCUGGAAAUUGCCAGUUUCCUCGAACGGGUGCUGCAGGGAGAGGUGGUCGACACGGCCCCCAGGAGGCGGCCCUGCACCCCCAGGCGACUCACCCCACACCGCUUUGGGACCUCCUUCGUGGACAGCAUCUUGCAGGCAGUGGCGGAGAGAGACGUGGAAACUCCCGGGAUUUGGAGCGAGAGCACCGCUUUCACAAAAGCCGUUCAUGAAGGUCCGCCCAAGCCGGCAGAGCUCCAGGAUCAACUCUCCACCCACGUCCAAGACUUGCUGGCCGUUUCAGAACAGCUCCGCCUCCUGGCUUCGCAGCAGCAGAGGGCCGCCCAGGAGGAGAGGGAAACCCUGCAGGCGGAAAUUUUGCGGCUCCAGGGCCUGGAAAGGGAGCUGGAGGCUGAGGUCGAUUCCCGUGACGCCAGCAUCGCCCAGCUGAGCAAGACUCUCCGCGACAGGAUGCAGGACGAAAAGGAGCUUCAGGAAGUUAUCCGGCAGCAGGACAGGAAGCUUCAGCAGCUGGAUGACCAGAGUGCAGACAUCCGGAUCCUAAAACUGGAGUUGGAUCAGCUGAAAUCUGACCUCCGCAGCUGCGAGAUGGAGAGGUCAGCCCUGUGGGAAGAGCUCAGGGAGCAGAAGCCGUCCAGCGCAGAUUGGGUCCAGGAGAAGAUGUGUCUGCAGCGGCAGGUUGCCAGGCUGAGGGAACUUCUGGCUGGCAAGGACAGCGAGAACAUGGACCUCGUGAUGAGAUACCAAGGCCGGGUGAGGCAUCUGGAGGAGCAUCUUUUCCACGCUCAACGGGAGGUGAAGGCCCUCAAGAGGACAGAGGCAAAGAUAAAGGAGGUGAUGUCUUCGCUUCCUGCUGAAGCUUCCCACAUCUCGGAAGUGCGCUUAAUUCUCGACCUCCUCGGAUGAAGCCGGCCGAGGGCUGGGGAGAAUAGGACGGAGAAAGGGGCUCUUUGCCGGCCUGAUCCGGCUGCAUGUGUGUAUUUAAAUAAAUGUGUGUGUGUGUCUUUUGCAAGGA